UAAGGACUCGAGAGAAGUUUCAACUGAGCCUACAUCGGUGGCAGCGGUCAAAGUCAGACCUGCUGACCUGGGGCUGAUCCGAAGCUUGUCCAAGUCGGACUCUGACUUGUUGGCGUCACCUCUCGGAGGAGAGGAGGAUGGAGGUUUGGCUGUCCGCAGUGGGUCCGUGUCUAACUGCAGCUCUGGGCAGCCGUCCAUGGAGCGCAUGCCUUCUUUUGCCUCUGAGUGGGAUGAGAUUGAGAAGAUAAUGAACUUGAUUGGAGCAGGCAUUGAAACAUCCAAAGAGAAACGGCCCACACCAAGCUCAGAUGGGGCCUGUGGUAAAGCCCUGGACCAGCCGGUCGGAGAGUGGCUGGAGCAAGUGGGGCUGCCGCAGUACGAGAGCAAGUUCCUGCUCAAUGGCUUCGACGACCUACGAUUCAUGGGAGGUAACGUGAUGGAGGACCAGGAUCUCAGAGACAUUGGGAUCACUGACCCAGGACACAGAAAGAAAAUCCUCCAUGCGGCACGCAGCUUGCCCAAGGUAAAAGCACUGGGCUGUGAUGGCAGCACGUCUCUUGUGUCCUGGCUGGACGGCCUCGGCCUGCAUGAAUAUCUGCCCAACUUUCUUUCGAGUGGCUACCGAACACUGGAGUGUGUCAAGAACCUGUGGGAGCUGGAGAUAGUCAAUGUUAUUAAGAUCGGUGCCCUGGGCCACAGGAAGAGGAUCAUUGCCUCUCUAGCAGAGAGACCCUAUGAAGAGGCUCCGACAAAGUCCCGACGUCUGUCCCCAAUUAUGUUCCAUGACCUCCUGUCCCAGACCACGUCUCCCCUCAGUCAGAUGGACCCCUACACCAGUCGCUCCAUGGACAUGCUCCUGCCUUUGACUGAGUCGGACAGAAGGCGGAGAGCAGUUGACCAAGACUGUAGCGUUUCUCUGCGUUCGUACAGUGAGAGGCCGCGCUCUGUAGAAAGACAGAGUGAACGACACAAAGACUCUCGUUUGAACCUCCGGCCGCCGAGCCAGUCUGCUACCUACGCCACGGUGUCCACCUGGCAUCACCAGCCUGAGAAGCUCAUCCUGGACUCCUGCGGGUACGAGGCAACCUACCUAGGAUCAAUGAUAAUCAAGGAUCUACGAGGGAUCGAGUCCACGCAAGAAGCCUGUGCUAAAAUUAGGAAAUCAAAGGAUUCAAGAAAGGGUCCAGUUGUCAUACUGUCCAUCACAUAUAGAGGGGUGAAGUUCAUUGAUGCAGCCACAAAGACUAUAGUAGCAGAGCAUGAGAUCAGGAACAUUUCGUGCGCCGCCCAAGACCCAGAUGACCUCUGCACUUUUGCUUACAUUACCAAGGAUCUGAAGAGUGGACACCACUUCUGUCACGUCUUCAGCACCGUGGAAGUGACGCAGACAUACGAGAUAAUCCUAACACUGGGACAGGCGUUUGAGGUGGCCUAUCAGAUGGCGAUGCAGUCGAGAGCGAGACACUACGUCCCACCUACAUCUCUGACCUCAGAGGUCGUAGAGACCAAAACCAGCCGUCCCGUAUCUCAGUCGUGGAGCAGCAUGCGGAGAUCAGCAGUCCUCCUGCCUCCCAGGGUGCCCCUCCGCUCGAAUGCCGCUGCUGUCACUGUCACACGUGUACUACCCACCGUCCUUCCUUCCUCCCGUUGCACUCCGUUAGCCCUGGAGUCCAGAUCGACCCCCUGGAGAUGGACGCAGACAUGCACUCCCUGGGCAGCAGCACCUGGCUCUUGGACCAGCGGGACUCCCACAGGCGCCCCGUCAGCACCAAGUACGAGACCACCAUAUUCUGAGGCCGGAUCCCUACAGCCGCCCCUCUGCACCCCCUCGUACUUUCCUCUCCCCCUGCAUCCGGUUCUUUAUUUAACUCUCUCUCACACACACAUUUAUACAUGCGAGCCCCGUGCCUUCUCACUGUGAUGGUAUAGCAUCCCUCAGGGCGGCCUACUCCUGCACCCUCCUUUGCCCUGCCCAGCGACCCACACCAACCUCUUUUUACCUGCCAUGACAAACACUCCUGCGGCUCUCCCGUGCCUCCCCAACACCCCCUGGCAGCCUCCCUCGCCUGUUGCUGCUGCAGCCAAUGGCGGAGCCCUGGAACGGAUGAUCCUGGACCGAUCUCAUUUUACAGUGGCCCUGCUCUCUCAACCAAACUGCCUCUUCCUCCUCAUCCUCCUCCUCCUGACAACUUGCAUCUGCCUUCAAAUCCCCGAUAGCUCCCAGAGCCUGUCCUGUCUUACCAGGCGUCUACCACUGUGAGGCACUAUGAGGAGGCUGCCUUGCUAAAGCACGGGACGGACAAGACGGACAAUUAAAUCAAUGAAAAGACAAAACCGCAAGAUGCAGCAAACAACCUGUUUUUGUUUUCUACGCAUUUGUACAAUACUCAUAACAACACGAUGGAUUGGUCAUGAAUCUAUCACUGAUGAUGUCUGAACUCAAACGGACCAAGAACUGAACCCUCGUACACACACACAAACACACACACACACACACACACACACACACACACACACACACACACACACACACACAGGAGGACAACUUUCCCACACUUUACCGAGGACAACAGCCUUACGUCAUUUCGAUGAUCUAUAAUCAACUGAAGCCCCCACCUUCCCCCGAGCUCCCUGAGUACCACCACCCAACAACUGCACGCCCCCCCCUGCUUCUAAAAGACAAAAAAAGAAAAGACAACACUUCUUACUUCCUGGUGUGUUUAACUGACUGACUGGGACGACGUUGUUCUUAUGAUGGUACAGUUUUGCCCCAAUGAGAGUCUUUGCUCUGGCCUUUCGACUGCCCCCACCUGCAGUCUCUCAGCAUUCAUGGUAGCACUGAGAGACUGCAAAAUCACAGCAUCUCAAUUAAAGAAAAACUAAUAACACUGUGUUAAAACGCGGCACUAUCCCCUUUAAUACCUUCUUUUCUUUUCUUACGGUGCAACUAGGACAUCAGUGCAUUUUGUGAUACUUUUUGAUAGAUCGCGGCUGAAAUACUUUAGAAAAGAGUGAUUUAAAUAAGGGAUCAUGAAGGAUCCCAACAGUGACACAAACGCAGACAAAAAGCAAAGAGAAUAUUACCAAAAACAAAAACACACAAGCAUAUUGAGUGUACUGACGUUAAAUCUCACACGUUUGUUAAUCCAAACAAAAAAACAUCCUCCAACACGAUUCCCAUUUGUAUAUUAAUGAGCCUGGAGCACAAUUUGGCGCACAUUUCCCAACAUGGCAUCUUAUUAUCAUGAUUACAUGGGUGGCUAUCCAUGCUGUUUCACACCAAUUUAGAAUUAGGUACAGUACACGCAAAGUAUGUCACUUGAAAAUAAACUGCAGUGAAAAGAUUUAAUUCCACUACAUUAAAAGAGCCAAAUCUUAAGUGUUGCUCUGGUGUCGUGUUAAUGCGAAUGGAUUUGUUAUGCUGAGAACAUGACACACUUUUUUUGUUGUUUUUUUUUAAAGAAGAAUUUCCCUCCUGCACUGUGACUCAAAAAAUGCUCCUCGUCGUGGAGUCGACACGCAUCUGUGGGUCCUCCCCUGUGUGCACUACCUGCUGUGCGUGCUGUAUGCCUUGUCUCUGUCUGUCCUCAUGGGAGUUUGGACUGCUGCUGUUUACAUCAUUGUCCACUGUCCUUGUUUCUGUGUGCUGCAGGAGAUGUGAGGCAUUGAGCUCCUCUCCAGAAGAUAGUGUGUCUGACUGUUACGAUGGUUUGUGUGCGGUACCGUGGCUGCGUCAUUGCCACUCUGUUCUGACUGUUAGCUUCCACUGACGAUGCAUGUUGGCAGUGUUUCUUUGUGUUUUUGAUGCACUUGGCCUGAGCAGUCUCUGUAUGUACUGUAGCAGUGUCUCGUCUCUUCUCACUCAUCUCAUCUUGCUUUUUGUGUUCCCUCCUCUCUUCGUUACACGACACCAAUACAGCGAUUCAUCCUCAUCCCUCCCCAUGUUCCCAUUGUCGUCAUCACUCCCAACAUUUUGUCACGUAUGUUUCUUCCAUUUUGUGUGUCACCAAGACAACCUGCUCUAGUAUGGAUGCAUAAUAUAAAAAAGCAUUACACUUUAAUGAGCAGAAGCUAUUUAAAGCAAGUUUUGGUGGCAUGAUUUGGCUGUGCAUGUACCAGUCUUUUUUAACAUUGGUGUUUUCCUUGUGUAGCUCACCCCAGCGUUCAAGUUUCCGGAUACCAAGCUGUGAGUUGAAGGGGAGCAGCCGAUGUGAGUGUGUGUGUUGUUGUUAGCGGGCAGAGCAGAGGGAAAAGAGGUAGAGAGAGAGAGAGAGAGAGAAUGAAAAUGAGAGGUAAGCAUUAUGCAACGUGCAGGGCCAACCAGCACUACUCUGACAUUUAGAUCUCACUCUGUAUAUCCCCUGCUCCUCCACUGCCCCCAAUAUGAAUCCCAACACACAGACGAAAGGUAACCUGUCCCUCAUCACUGGCUACACAGGACCUGUGUAUCACUCCCGUCUCGAGUAGGAGGUGAUUAGAAAGGGUCAAGUCUAUUUCCUGGCCUCCAUGUGACUUUCUGGUCUCGUCAUGUAGGUACUGUUAUAUUUAGAGCACUGUAGAGCAUUAAUGAUAUAAACCAGGAAUGAUCUAUUGAUUCAGGUCUAUUGGAGGUAGAAACUGGGAGUUACGAAGGAUAAACAGAAAUGUAACAACUUGUAGAGAAGAAAAAGAAACUGUACCAGCAUACAAUGCUUUGCCCAUGUUCGUGGACAGAGUAUGGUUUGUCAAUGAAAAUGUGAUACUGUUUCAAAUUUCAAAGCAAUAUUAUAUUAAUGAAAAAUUAAAUAAUACAAUGACAAAAGAAUCCCUCUCAAGUCUGUUGUCAGCUUUGAUUUAAGGUUAAAAAGUAAAACACAGAGAGAAACAUCACCAGCUGUGGAAAAUUUAAAGUGACAACAUAUACAAACAAGGUUGGUUAUUAUUAUACUUCUAGUGUUUCCCCUGCUGUAAAGAUUAGUGGAUGGUGACCAGUCUGUGUUAUAUUCAAGUCACAGAGCGAAGCAUCUGAUUUGUGGCCAGUUCUUAAAAAUCAUUAUUUCUGUGUUAAAAGUAUUUCCAGAAUCCUUAAUCCACAAUGUGAAUCAAGGCGACGGCCGGCUUCAUUUGAUUGCCUGUAAUUGCGACGUGUUCCCUUUAAGCAUGCGUCAUCAAUGAAACAUCGAUCAAAUGUGAAGCCUCAGUUUACACUUUUUAGAUCUUGUUCGUUCUUAAUUAUGUUAUUAACACGGAUCUCUGUCGUUAAACUGCUUUAUUCAGUGUUUUUAUUGGUUUUAACGACCUAGUCUGUUUGUUUUGGACCUCAGCUGAUAAUUCUGCUCAUGGUAAAUGAAUCCAAACCGGGAGAAGCUGCGACAAACUCCCAUGAUCCCACGCUACUUCACAACAUCACCAAACUCCGUCUUCUUCUUGUUGUUUUAAUUGAGGGACUCCUCGCGGCAGAACAUUACAUAUUGUGCAUUUAAAUAAAAAAAGAUUUUCAACCAAAUAUCCAAGUUGUGACUAAACCAAACAAAUGGAAGCAAGAAGUGACACUUCAUGAUACUUGAUUGAUUUGUACGACACAAAGUUUUAUAUCAGUUAUAUUUGUUUAUAAUAAUGUUUAUUUGCAUUCUAUUAUAUUUAUAUAUACAGUCUUGUGCCGUACCAUAUAAUACUUCAAGCUACCUGGAUUAGUUAAUCACGUUGCAGUUUAAAUAAAAUCUAUUUUAUGGGUUUUCAAAAUAUUGUCAGGAAUGUUAUGUUUGAGAAAAUGCUUCCCUCUGUGACUUGUGCAAGUUCCUGCUCGGCACUGUUAAAGGACCACUGCCACUUUGGUUUUAUGUUUUGACUUGUUUUAAGAACCCCUUAUGCUAACCAUUCUGAAAAAUGAUACUAUAACCUUUUAGACAUUUGUAUGCAUUGAUGUAUUUAUUUUCGUACGAUAUGGAAAUCUGCUGACUAGCUUGAAAGACUCACAAACUAAAGAUGACAUGUUCUCAAGAGAGUAAUCUGAAGCGCUGUUUAAGCUUCCAGUUUCUUUGCUUUUGUGUUAAGCUUAGCCUGUUACAAGUGUAUCCAGUAAUGAUUUACCCAGAAUAUUGUUUAACAUUUCUGAACAGAAUUCUGAUACCUAGUGAAGUGCAUCGUG